AUGCCCGCUGUCGCUCCAUCGAACUCUGAAAGUUAUCUUUUGUGGCGAGAACCCCUGGCGAAGUUCUUUUUCAGCAAUCUUCUUAUCGGAUUUGCACAUGUAUGCAUAGCACUGGCUCUGCUCUUACUCGUCGGGAAGGUCUUGAUCGCAGCAAAGGCAUACAAGACACCAAAGCCCGCGCAACGCAGCGAACAAAGUACCAUGGACGAGAAGCUUGUCCCCGUGGAACUUCAUCUCCUCGAGCAGCAGCGCCUCUAUCAUCAUUUCCCAGCGCAUGGCUUCACGAUAGAUGACGCUGUUCAUCAAGGCCCCAGCGCCGAGGUACAUGUUUCAGCCAGCGAUUCAGGUCGCCCAGGCCAUGUCAGAUUCGCGGAUGGAACCUUCGGAAGCGCCACGCCACGAAAUGAGAUGUCUUCUAGCGAUUCCGGAGGCGAGGCAGAUAUCCUUACUACCCCUCCCAUUGUCACGCGCUCGAGCAUGAUCAUGUCAAGACCACCACCUCCGCCUCCACUUACACCUCCAGAGCUGGCGACCACGAUCUUUUCCAUCGAUGGUCAUAGAUACAGUCAGGCGAGAACUACAUCAGAAUUGGAUACGUCUUUCUUCCAGCAGCCAAAUCCUGACUACAUGUCGUCUACAGCGACCGCGCAGCAAAUAGGCUCCGCAACAGCGAAACAAGUCCCUAUCACCCCGCGCAGGAGAUCUUACACAAGGACGAUCCCCAUUAACCCCACGGCGUCAUCAACGCCGUCACCUCGGACACCACUGGACAUUUCAUCGUCAUACCCACCCACGUCAUAUAUGCUCCCGGGUCCUCCUCCUGGUCACAUGGUCGAGUACCCCGUAAGUCCUCAAGAGAUUGAGGUGCACGGGGAGAUCAUCUCAGCACUAGACGACGACGGAGCGGGCUGGACCCGACACACGAGAGUGUAUGGAGGCGGAGUCUGUCUAGCGUGUGCUUCCUCGGGCGGAGAGGGGCACGGCGGUUUCUACGGAAAGAACGUGCCUCCGGAACAUAUGCGAUGA